AAAGUGAAUAAUACAAAUACACAAAUUCUCUCUCGGCAGUUAUUGUUCGACAUUGAGUGUGUCGACCAAAAAAAGAAAAAUAUGUAUCAAAAUUUAUUGAAAAAAAUUUCACCCACAAAUAUGCAAUUUACAAGAAGUUUAGUCAAUGAUUCAAAAUAUGGAUUUUUAAAGCAACUUGGUCUCUCAACGGAAAAUCCAGGAUUGUACGACGGAAAUUGGGGAGGAACUGGAAAAAUAAUUGAAUCUAUUUCGCCGGCCAGUGGAGAAGUAAUAGCAAAAAUUCGUGAAUCAACUCCAGAGGAAGUUGCAAAUGCAAUCACAAAAUCUAGAAAAGCUUGGCCUCAAUGGGCUUCACUUCCAGCUCCAGCACGAGGUGAAAUUGUUCGUCAAAUUGGAGAUGAGCUUAGAAAAAAUCUACGACCUCUCGGUCAAUUAGUUUCCCUUGAAAUGGGGAAAAUAUUACCGGAAAGUAUCGGCGAAGUUCAAGAAUAUAUCGAUAUUUGUGAUUAUGCUGUGGGAUUAUCAAGAAUGUUCGCUGGUGGUAUUUUUCCAUCAGAAAGAAAGGAUCAUGCUUUACUUGAAAAAUGGAAUCCUUUAGGCGUUAUUGGCGUUAUUUCUGCAUUCAAUUUUCCCGUUGCGGUUUACGGUUGGAAUAGUGCGAUAGCGAUGAUUUGCGGAAACACUGUUGUAUGGAAAGGAGCGCCUUCAACACCUUUGGUUUCAAUUGCAACGACAAAAAUAAUUAGCGGAGUUUUAGAACGAAAUGGAAUUCCCGGAUCUGUUGCUUCUUUAAUAACUGGAGGAGCCGAUGUUGGAGAAGCUCUAGUUAAUGAUAAACGAGUUCCACUUGUAUCGUUCACUGGAAGCUCAAAAGUAGGAAAAGAAGUUGCCCUCAAAGUUCAAAAUCGAUUUGGAAAAUGUUUACUUGAAUUAGGUGGCAAUAAUGCACUUAUUGUUGCUUCCGAUGCAAAUUUAGAAAUGGCAAUAAGAGCUGCAGUUUUCUCAUGCGUUGGAACUGCUGGCCAAAGGUGCACAACAACGAGACGAUUAAUUUUACAUAAAUCAAUUAAAAAUGAAUUUCUCGAAAAACUCAAAAUUGCCUUCAAAAGUAUUUUCAAAAGAAUUGGCGAUCCAAUGGAAGAUUCAGUUCUUUAUGGACCGCUUCAUAAUCAACAAGCUCUCGAUGCCUUUGAGAAAUCGGUGAAAAUUGCUCAAGAAAAUGGUGGAACUGUGGAAUUUGGAGGAAAGCGAAUUGAGAGAUCAGGUUUUUAUGUAGAGCCAACAAUAAUAUCUGGUUUAUCGCCAAAUGAUCCAAUUGUUCAACAAGAAACAUUUGCACCAAUUGUUUAUAUUUUGGAAUUCAAUUCACUUGAUGAGGCAAUUACACUCAACAAUAAUGUUGAACAGGGACUUAGUAGUUCUCUUUUUACAAAUAAUAUUCAAAACGUAUUUCAGUGGAUUGGACCCCUUGGAUCAGAUUGUGGAAUUGUGAAUGUAAAUAUUGGUACAAGUGGAGCGGAAAUUGGUGGCGCAUUUGGCGGUGAAAAAUCAACGGGAGGUGGACGCGAGAGUGGUAGCGAUUCUUGGAAACAAUAUAUGAGACGAUCGACCGUAACAAUUAAUCACGGAACUGAACUUCCACUUGCGCAGGGAAUUAAAUUUGAAUAAAAAGAAAAAAUUUUGAAUCUCAAUUUUAUGAGUUUAAUUCAAAUCUUAUAAAAUCUACCUCGAUGUCGACAGAUGAUUUUUUAUGAAAUUUAUAAACUUGCGGCAAAUCAUAUCGUAAUUCAGCGACAACUUUUGCCUUUGUCCCAAGUUGUGUGCCUUUUUUUAAUACAUGAUUUCGUGUACUUGUCUUAUGCAAUGAAUAAACUGCCUUUGUUGCUA